AUGAGUGUCUUCGUCUUAACCACCACCACCACCACCACCACCAUUAACAACAACAACGACGACGACGACGACGACGACGACGACGACGACAACAACAAUAACAACAACAACCUCACCACUACCACCAUCACCGUCACCGUCACCACCGUCAGUCGCCAUCGACAACAACAACGACUACGUUACGACCUGGGUGAUCACCCAUAUCUAUCCGGACCCGCAGCAUCGGAACGCCUUGUUGCUGCGAAGUGCAUCCCAUUGUGGUUGCAAAACCACUCAGCAACGAGGCCAUUGCUGUGCCAGAGUGGUUCACUGGGCUGGGCUGGGCUCACGCUCGUCGCCCUGCCCCCCAGGCGGUCCUUGAUAACGCCGACAAUACCAGAGGCGCUGACUACUACUGGCCCGGGCUCAGGCUUGGGCCAAUAUUGUGGUCAAGCGCCUCUGUAGAUUUUGAUAGCUUUAGAUAGCUUGUCCCUUUAGCUAGCUUGUAUCUUUAGAUAGCUUGUAUCUUUAGAUAGUUGUAUUCUUAGAUAGUUGUAUCCUUAGAUAGUUGUAUCCUUAGAUAGCUUGUAUCUUUAGAUAGUUGUAUCUUUAGCUAGUUUGUAUCUUUAGCUAGUUGUAUCUUUAGCUAGUUUGUAUCUUUAGUUAGUUUGUAUCUUUAGAUAGUUGUAUCUUUAGAUAGGUUGAUAGCUUAUAUAGGC